AUGGAGCAACAGUCAGCGAAUUACCUUCGAGCACCUCCUGUUGAAAUUUCGAACCGUUCAAAGCGUGCAUCACUUCGAAAUUCAUUUCGAGAUUUACAUGUACCUAAAAUAUGGACGGAUAUCCGAGAUAAAUCAGCUUCUGAGUUGAAUUUAGUACUAGAAGUAGUCCGAGGCUCUCCAUCCUUGUCUUGCGAUCGGCUUUCACAUCCAAAUAAACAGGAGAAUUUUGUUAAAAAUAUGGCGAACAAAAAAAGAGGUCAUCAAAAAGUUUGUUGGCGAUAUUAUAAACCUCAAUAUUUGAAUAAACAACUGCAUAUCGUACAAGAAGAGAAGGCAAUGCAAUCGGCUCCAACAGCUCCAAUUGAUGUUUCAAAAUUCGUUGCAUAUGUUACCGAAAGGCGAAAAAAGCGAAUAUUGUUUAAAGGAGAAUAUUUGAUGAUAUUGCGAUCCAUAGACCCGGUGAAAUGCCGCAGUGAAAUUGGAAUUGCUAUGAAUAAAAGGAAUCAAUAUCCUGAUAUUUUGCCAUAUGAUUUUAAUCGGGUAAUCCUCAAGAAACUACCAAACGAUGAAGAUUCUCAUUACAUUAACGCCAGUUAUGUAAAUAGUUGGCUACGGGAAAAAGCAUAUGUAAUCACACAGGCUGUUAAAACUAAGGCAGCUAUUGCUGAAUUUUGGAGAAUGAUUUGGGAAUUAGGAUCAAGCUGUAUUAUUAUGUUAACAAAAGUUUUCGAUUUUAUGCGGGUAAUGUGCCUACAGUAUUGGCCUGUAAAUAAUUGUAAAUAUGGUGAAAUCAACAUUGAAACAAUUGAAACAAAAUCGUAUUCGCAUUUUGUAAUACGAACUCUACGGCUUACUAAAAUGGACCCUAAUAUUGGGACGCAAGUGCGACUCGUCAGACAUUUCCAUUUUACGGAAUGGGAACUUGAUAGCUUUCCAUAUAUAAGUGCCUUAAUCGAAUUGCGGCGACGUAUGCGACAGUUCACAGAUAAAAAUAGGUCGGAUGCUCCCAUCGUCGUUCACUGUAGACCGGUUACAUAUUUCAAUAAUUAA